AUGAAGCCAUACCGUGCCAUCCAAUCAUCGCACGCUGGUAUCGUUGACACGAUGGCUGGAGGAGAAGACGCUCUAUCGGUGGCGACCCUAUCGCUGCAGGACAAAGACGUCCCAAUCGACGAGAAACUGGAUGCUGUGCGUCAGAGCGUGAUUGCAGGCAAUGUGGAUCGUUUUCUCGUGACCGUGGGUGAUCUCGGAGGCCAGUCGCCUCUUGUGUACCUCAUGGAUUGGCUACACACUUGGCAGCAGGAGUACGAGGCCUUUGUUCAUGUUUUGGGCAUCCAGGAGGAUACAGAGGAGCACAACGAGCCCAAUGAGAUGGAAAAGGAUCUGGCAAAUGUGGAGGCUGAAGCGGAGCAAUUCUGA